CCGUGUCUCCGCCGGUUCCCGGCUCCUCUCCCUCACCGCGCACAUCCCAGGUUUUUUUUUUUUUUUUUUUUCCUUCUCCCCGUCGCCUGCGGUUCGCCGCCCCGCCAAGCCGCCGCGAUGCCGGUGUUUCACACGCGCACGAUCGAGAGCAUCCUGGAGCCCGUGGCGCAGCAGAUCUCGCACCUGGUCAUCAUGCACGAGGAGGGCGAGGUGGACGGCAAAGCCAUUCCUGACCUCACCGCGCCCGUGGCCGCCGUGCAAGCGGCCGUCAGCAAUCUCGUCCGGGUUGGAAAAGAGACUGUUCAAACCACUGAGGAUCAGAUUUUGAAGAGAGAUAUGCCCCCGGCAUUUAUUAAGGUUGAGAAUGCUUGUACCAAGCUUGUCCAGGCAGCCCAGAUGCUUCAGUCAGACCCUUACUCAGUGCCUGCUCGAGAUUACCUCAUUGAUGGCUCAAGGGGCAUCCUCUCGGGCACAUCCGACCUACUUCUUACCUUUGAUGAGGCUGAGGUUCGUAAAAUUAUUAGAGUUUGCAAAGGAAUUUUGGAAUAUCUGACAGUGGCAGAGGUGGUGGAGACUAUGGAAGAUUUGGUCACUUAUACAAAGAAUCUUGGGCCAGGAAUGACUAAGAUGGCCAAGAUGAUUGACGAGAGGCAGCAGGAGUUGACUCACCAGGAACACCGAGUGAUGCUGGUGAACUCCAUGAACACUGUGAAAGAGUUGCUUCCAGUUCUCAUUUCAGCUAUGAAGAUUUUUGUAACAACUAAAAAUUCCAAAAACCAAGGAAUAGAAGAAGCUUUGAAAAAUCGCAAUUUUACUGUAGAAAAGAUGAGUGCUGAAAUUAAUGAGAUCAUUCGUGUGUUACAACUCACCUCUUGGGAUGAAGAUGCCUGGGCCAGCAAGGACACAGAAGCCAUGAAGAGAGCACUCGCCUCCAUAGACUCCAAGUUGAACCAGGCCAAAGGUUGGCUGCGUGACCCCAAUGCCUCCCCAGGGGAUGCCGGUGAGCAGGCCAUCAGGCAGAUCUUAGAUGAAGCUGGAAAAGUUGGUGAACUUUGUGCAGGCAAGGAACGCAGGGAGAUCCUGGGAACCUGCAAAAUGCUUGGGCAGAUGACAGAUCAAGUAGCUGACCUUCGAGCCAGAGGACAAGGAGCCUCGCCAGUGGCCAUGCAGAAAGCUCAGCAGGUAUCCCAAGGUCUGGAUGUGCUCACUGCAAAAGUGGAAAAUGCAGCUCGUAAGCUAGAAGCCAUGACCAACUCAAAGCAGAGCAUUGCGAAGAAGAUCGACGCUGCUCAGAACUGGCUUGCAGAUCCAAAUGGUGGACCUGAAGGAGAAGAGCAAAUUCGAGGGGCAUUGGCUGAAGCUCGGAAAAUAGCAGAAUUGUGUGAUGAUCCUAAAGAGAGAGAUGACAUUCUACGUUCCCUUGGAGAAAUAGCUGCUCUCACUUCUAAAUUAGCAGAUAUACGAAGACAAGGGAAAGGAGAUUCCCCAGAGGCUCGAGCAUUGGCUAAACAGGUGGCCACGGCCCUACAGAACCUGCAGAGCAAAACCAACAAGGCUGUGGCCAACAGCAGGCCUGCCAAGGCAGCUGUCCACCUUGAGGGCAAGAUUGAGCAAGCACAGCGGUGGAUUGAUAACCCUACCGUGGAUGACCGGGGAGUCGGUCAGGCUGCCAUUAGGGGGCUUGUGGCUGAAGGGCAUCGUCUGGCUAAUGUCAUGAUGGGGCCUUAUCGCCAAGAUCUUCUUGCCAAGUGUGACCGUGUGGAUCAGCUCACAGCUCAGUUGGCUGACCUGGCUGCCCGAGGGGAAGGGGAGAGUCCUCAAGCCAGAGCACUUGCAUCCCAGCUUCAAGACUCCUUAAAGGAUCUCAAAGCCCAGAUGCAGGAGGCCAUGACUCAAGAGGUAUCAGAUGUUUUCAGCGAUACUACAACUCCCAUCAAGCUAUUGGCAGUGGCGGCCACUGCACCUCCUGAUGCACCCAAUAGGGAAGAGGUGUUUGAUGAGAGGGCAGCAAACUUUGAAAACCACUCAGGAAGACUUGGAGCCACAGCAGAGAAGGCGGCGGCCGUGGGCACCGCUAAUAAAUCCACAGUGGAAGGCAUUCAGGCCUCGGUGAAGACAGCUCGAGAACUCACACCCCAGGUCGUCUCUGCUGCUCGCAUCUUACUUAGGAACCCGGGUAAUCAAGCUGCUUAUGAACAUUUUGAGACCAUGAAGAACCAGUGGAUUGAUAAUGUUGAAAAAAUGACAGGGCUGGUGGACGAAGCGAUUGACACGAAAUCUCUGUUGGAUGCUUCUGAAGAAGCAAUUAAGAAAGACCUGGAUAAGUGUAAGGUAGCCAUGGCCAACAUUCAACCUCAGAUGCUGGUCGCUGGAGCAACCAGCAUUGCUCGUCGAGCCAACCGAAUCCUGCUGGUUGCGAAGAGGGAGGUGGAGAACUCUGAGGAUCCGAAGUUCCGAGAAGCCGUGAAGGCCGCCUCUGAUGAACUGAGCAGAACCAUCUCCCCGAUGGUGAUGGACGCCAAGGCGGUGGCUGGGAACAUUUCUGAUCCCGGCUUGCAAAAGAGCUUCCUGGACUCAGGAUAUCGGAUACUGGGAGCUGUGGCCAAGGUCAGAGAAGCCUUCCAGCCUCAGGAGCCUGACUUCCCACCACCUCCGCCAGACCUUGAACAGCUCCGACUAACAGAUGAGCUUGCUCCUCCAAAACCACCUCUGCCUGAGGGUGAGGUCCCUCCACCCAGGCCCCCACCACCAGAGGAAAAGGAUGAAGAAUUCCCUGAGCAGAAAGCCGGGGAGGUGAUCAACCAGCCAAUGAUGAUGGCUGCCAGGCAGCUCCAUGAUGAAGCUCGUAAAUGGUCCAGCAAGGGCAAUGACAUCAUUGCAGCAGCCAAGCGCAUGGCUCUGCUGAUGGCUGAGAUGUCUCGACUGGUCAGAGGGGGCAGUGGUACCAAGCGGGCACUCAUUCAGUGUGCCAAGGACAUUGCCAAGGCCUCAGACGAGGUGACUCGGUUGGCCAAGGAGGUUGCCAAGCAGUGCACAGAUAAGCGGAUCAGAACCAAUCUCUUACAGGUAUGUGAGCGAAUCCCAACUAUAAGUACCCAGCUCAAGAUCCUGUCCACGGUGAAGGCCACCAUGCUGGGCCGCACUAACAUCAGUGACGAGGAGUCCGAGCAGGCCACAGAGAUGCUGGUUCACAACGCCCAGAACCUCAUGCAGUCUGUGAAGGAGACCGUGCGGGAGGCAGAAGCUGCUUCAAUCAAAAUUCGAACCGACGCUGGAUUCACACUGCGCUGGGUUAGAAAGACUCCCUGGUACCAGUAGGCACUUAGCCAGACCUGGCUGGUACAGGAACCUCUACGAAAUAGAGGGGGAGUAGUCUUGAGUUUCAGGAGCCACCCAGAGUUGCUGGGGGUUGAAAGCCACAUCCUGGUCUGACACACCAGAAAGGAAUGGGUGGGAGCCUCUUCCCAUAGCAGACAUUUAUCCUCUUUUGUCAUGGAUACUUUGAAAUGUGUCUCCAUAUAAAACCCUGUAUUCUCAAAUAGCCAUUCUUGUGCACAUUCUCUCCCAACAGAAACCAGUGGACUUGGUUUCUAGCUCAUGGAUUUCACAUAAGCUCAGAAUACCAGAACCAACACUAGCCAGAUACCUUGCUUUCUCCUGAUCUCUACAGCACAUUUUCUUUUCUACUUCCAUUUCAUGAACCCCCUCCCCCAUUUUCCCCUUCAGGCUCCUAAGACCCAAGGCAGAGGCAAGUCAGUUAAGUAACAAAUGUCUAUGUUAAAAAAAAAAGAACUGUGCCUCCAAAAUUGAUGUUGAGUGUUCCUAUGCUGCUGCCGCCCCUGCUUGUCUUUCCUGUGCUGUCUGGGUCCUUUCCAGAGGUGGCAUCAUUCUGCAGGGGAAGGUGGCCUCUGCAGGGGCGGCCCAGCAUGUGUAUAGCCCGAUUCAUUCCCUGUUCUUCCUCCAUUUAACUCCUCUAGUUUCUCAUAGUGUAAAAGCAAACUUCACUGUCCCGAGGAAAUCAUCGAAUCACAUCUUUCUGUCUCUACCGUGCCCUCGAGCACGAUCUGUGCUAGGGAAAUGUACUUUCCCAUAUCCUGCCUGGCUUGGCUGCCAACAUGACUUCCAGAAACACUGUGUCCUGGUGCUCUGUGCCACUGGAAAGGCAGAGUAGCCGGGGUGUGGCUGCACCUGUCCUCUGGUGGGCCACUCCCAGGCUUUCCACGCUUCCUCACUGCCUGCAGAGGUCUGUGCUGAGGCCUUAUCAUUCAUUCUUAUUUUUAGUUGUUCCGAGCUGAAAUGCUGCAUUGAAUUUUUAACCAAAUCAUGUCUCCUAUACUGAACUUCGGUACUCUUCCUCUAAGCCCUUCCUAAGCAGGACUUUGAAGAUAGGUAGGUGUGUUUUGUCUAUCAUUUUUCUUUUCCUCUCAGAUAGGGUUAUUGUCCAGGCUGGUCUUUAACUCCUGGUUUCAAGUGAUCCACCUGCAUCAGCCUCCUGAAUAGUUGGUCCUAUAGGCUCUUGUCACAUCUGGCCUGUUUUUAUUUCUGAAGGAUCCUUUUUCACCUUUUGAAAUUCAGUCCUAGGAAUGAGUGCUUAUCCUUUAAGUGUAUUUAGUGAAAAGGUGGUCCUAUCUGAAGGACACUUCCUAUCUAAGGGAGAAUGGUACUUGCAGACUAAAAUUUUGGUGCUGUUGGGAUGAAUCAAUGGGAACUGCUCUUAGGAUUCCUGAUGCCCUUUAACCAACUACAACCAAGCCCUUCUUAUCGUCUCUUAAAUAGAACUGUUCAACAGUGAUGAGCAAGAAACUUAAUUAGCAAGCACAUAGCAUGUUUCCUAGUGGACAAAGCCAGAGAAGGCAGUGUUUUCCUUUUCAGCAUUUAUCCCUGCUGUCUAAAAAGUAUUCCCCAGUUCAUAACACCAUUCUCCUUCCCAAACCUAAAACCAGAUGACUAGAGCUCAGACCCCUCGCCUGGACAUCCUUCCCCCACACACUAUGUUCAAUCCCAAUAUUGAACCUAUAAAUUCUAAGUUGGUCCUGUACAUUCACUCAGGCUUCCUCUAUUUCCUUUUAACUGACAAAGAUUGUUUUCAAGGCCCUCAGCAUAUCUGUAUAGUUGCUUAUCUGAUAUAAUUGCAAUAUUAAUGCCUUUAAAGUAUGAAUCUAUGCCAAAGAUCACCUUUUGUUUUACCAAAAUUUACUUAGAGGAAAGAAGAAAAAUCAUGUUUGCUCUCCAAGUUCUUCCAGUGUUUUGAGAUACUGGUUUACACUUAGCUUUUCUUUAAUGUCAGUGCUUACAAUGAGGCAAAAAAUAAAUAACAUAGAAAGAGUCCCUGAUGAUUUGGAAAUGCCACCACUGAAAAACUUCAUUUAUAAGCUAGGAUUUGUUAUAUGCAAAUAUUUUCUGCCUCCUUUCUGUUUAAAACAAUAAAAUACAUUUAUAUAAA